GGGGUUGGCUGAGGGCCCCGCCGGGAGCCGCGGUUCCUUGUGGGAAGGCAGAAAGAUGGCGGCGCCCAUGGGGCGUACUCUGUUAGGGGUGGCUAGAGGCUGGCGGCGUCUCGACAGUCUCUGGGCAGGUAGCCCGCGUUUUCGCGGCCUGUCCCUUGAAGCUGCGCCCUCAGGCAGCCGGUCUCCAUGGCGCUUGUUGGGCGCCUUGUGUCUGCAGCGGCCCCCGCUGAUCACCAAGCCGCUCACCCCCUUGCAGAAAGAGAUGGCGGAACUACUACAGAAGGUGGAGACAGAGAGAAGCCUGUAUUCAGACCACGAGCUUCGUGCUCUGGAUGAAGCUAAGCGACUGGCCAAGAAGAAAGCUGACCUUUAUGAUGAUGACCAGGAUGAGCAGGGCGUUACGCUUGCACAAGACUUAGAAGAUAUGUGGGAACAGGCAUUCCUACAGUUCAAACCUGGAGCUCGAGUAACAGAAGCUGAUAAAAAAAAUGACCGAACCUCCUUGCAUCGUAAGCUAGACAGGAACCUUGUUCUCUUAGUCAGAGAGAAGCUUGGGGACCAGGAUUUUUGGAUGCUCCCUCAAGUAGAGUGGCAGCCUGGGGAGACGCUUCGAGGGACAGCUGAGCGAAUCCUGGCCACCCUCUCAGAAAACAACAUGGAAGCCAAGUUCCUAGGGAAUGCACCUUGUGGCCACUACAAGUUCAAACUCCCCAAGGCAAUUCGGACAGAGAGUGACAUUGGGGUCAAAAUCUUCUUCUUCAAAGCUCUGCUACUCACAGGAGACUUCCCACAGGCUGGGAAGAAGGCCCGCCAUGUGUGGGCCAGUAAGGAAGAGCUGGGUGACUAUCUGCAGCCCAAGUACCUGGCUCAGGUCAGGAGGUUUCUUCUGGACUCCUGAUGGAUGCAGCUGCUUGUGGAUGAUGCCCACCUUAAGUCAAUGCUAGGACCUCGGGAACAGUGCUGAUACUCAUUUACAGGGACAGUCAAGCACCAAACUAAAUUCUGAGAGUUGAAUGUGUUUGUCAUUGUGUUGGAUUUUGAUUUGUCCUUGGGGGGCAAUUGGCUUUGUUAUAUAGCAAGUUAAAGCAUUAUAUUAUAGUGACUUAACAGACCUACUGGGCCUGGAAGAAAGAACAGGAAAUGAAUUGACCUAAAUUCCCAAGUUCUGAGAAAGUUUCUGGGCUCAUGAAAAGCCUUGUUCUAUAGCUUCUUAGCUGUUUUCCAUUUUACUUUUCCCUUUCCAUUAGAUAGGAAGGACAUACCAUAUCUUCUUUCUCUGUUCCUGCAUUUUAGAAAUUUUAUAGUUAGAUGGGGAUUAAUUGCUUCUUGACUGGUUAGCACUAUUCAUUUGAAAUAAAGUCUGACUUUUCUCCAACCUACCCAUGGAAGAAUCAUGACCAGGUCAUGAUGUGCAUCAGAGUCAUGGGAGCUGGCAGUACCCAGGGAGAAUGCUAUCUUCUUGCUUCGGGUUGGAGCCCUGGAUGAUGAGUAUGGUGUUUGGGUCAUCACUCAUCCCUAGAAACUGGCAUACAAAGCACAAAUAAACACUUGCCACAGA